GGCUACGCUAAAAAGUACCGCAAAUACUGUAAAAUAAACAAAGGAUACGCAUAUGUUGUGUGAAAGAGAUAAAAAUACUAAACGUAAAAUGGCGGAUCUAAAAUCGAAUCUAAAAUAAAUUAAAUGAAAGUUAGUGUCUGAGAUAGGUAAGGCUAACGGAACUGUGUAGAACUUUCAGAACUGUUAAAAAGAGGCGUUACGUCGUGAUUAAAAAUGGAUGUAGACUCGGACAAAAAAGAAAGUACAGAAACAUCUGAUAAACAAGAUUCUGCUUUAAAUGUGAACACUGAAUUACAACAUCAGCUGGAACAAAAUAAUGGUAAUAUGUUGACGUCGCAAUUAUCCGAAGAUAAGGAUUUUCCAUGUUCAAAAGAUCAGGAAAUAACAUCCUUUGAUGAUUUGAAGACUGAUCAAUAUAGAUCGGAAGCAACAUUUUCAUAUGCUGUUGAAUAUGCAAAACUUAUAAAAUAUCAAACACAAUAUUCACCAGCCGUAUAUGUGCGUUUGCUGCCGUGGAAAAUAAUGGUAUUACCUAAUAUACGAGCACUGGGAUUCUUCUUGCAAUGUCGGGGGGAUAUUGAUUGGACGGCAUGGUCAUGUAAGGCUUAUGCCGAGCUGCGUAUUAAGUGCCACAAGCCAGAUGCACCUCCAUAUACUCGUACACGUAUUAAACACAUAUUCUGCACUAAAGACAAAGAUUAUGGUUACGCAAAUUUUAUAUCGUGGCAAGAUUUAAUAGAUCCAGAAAAGUGUCUUGUAAACAAUGAAUGUGUAACGUUUGAAGUUCAUAUAGUUGCUGAUAUUCCACGUGGAAUAAUGUGGGAUUCUAAAAAGUAUACUGGCUAUGUGGGUCUGAAAAAUCAAGGUGCUACCUGUUAUAUGAAUUCGAUAUUGCAAACUUUAUUCUUUACUAACCAACUACGUAAAGCUGUUUAUAAAAUACCUACAGAAGCUGAUGAUAGCUCCGAUUCGGUUGGUUUAUCGCUACAAAGGAUAUUUUAUGAACUUCAAUCCGGUGAUUAUCCAGUUGGAACAAAAAUAUUAACUAAAUCCUUUGGAUGGGAGGCUCUAGAUUCAUUCAUGCAACAUGAUGUUCAAGAAUUUUUAAGGAUCUUACUCGACAAACUAGAGACUACAAUGAAUAAUACGUCCUUAGAGGGUACAAUGCGCAGGCUUUUCGAAGGUAAAAUGUCAUCAUACAUAAAAUGUAAGAACGUCGACUAUAAUAGUAUACGCUACGAAACUUUUUAUGAUAUACAACUAAAUAUUAAAGAUAAAAAAGAUAUUUUUGAGUCGUUUAAAGAAUAUAUUGCUUCCGAAAACCUCAAUGGAGAUAACAAAUAUGACGCCGGACUUUAUGGUCUGCAGGAGGCUAGCAAGGGUGUCAUCUUUACUGCAUUCCCCCCAGUGUUACAUUUGCAUUUAAUGCGUUUUCAAUAUGACCCCAUAACAGAUAACUCAAUUAAAUAUAAUGAUCGAUUUGAAUUUUAUGAACAAAUAAAUCUUGAUCAGUUUUUGUUGGAGAAAGAAAAAACACCUGCCGAUUAUGUUUUACAUGCUGUACUGGUUCACUCAGGAGAUAAUAAUGGCGGACAUUAUGUAGUAUUUAUAAAUCCAAAAGCGGAUGGCCAAUGGUUCAAAUUUAAUGACGAUCUUGUUUCGAGUUGCAGUAAAACUGAAGCGAUUGAACAGAAUUAUGGCGGAAUGGAUGAUAAAAUAUCAUUUCAACCUAAAUGCAGUAAUGCUUAUAUGUUAGUCUACAUACGUUUAUCCGAACUAAGUAAUGUUCUUGCCAAUAUUACAAAGGAAGAUAUUCCAUAUGAGUUAUUAGAACGACUCGAUGAAGUAGAGCGUAUAGAAGUCUCUAAAAUAAAAUACUUUAUUGAAGCUGAACUCUAUAUAACGAUUAAUAUUUUAACUGAAGAUGUGUUUGAAUUACAUCAGAGGCAAAAGCUCUUUGAUCCAGAGGAUGUGUUUCAUCACAUUAUCAAAGUGAAACAAACAGCAACAGUGGAUGAAAUGAUGAACAUUAUAUCUAAAGCAUGUUGUACACCAAAAAAUCGAAUGCGUAUUUGGACUGUAUUUUUAUCGCAAGGAAGAAAUCAAAAAAUGGCAUUUUAUGAUAUAGAGCAUGAUGGUUAUCGUGCGCUUGAAUCUAUUACAACACGAUAUAAACCAUGGUCUAUAUUUCUCGAAAUUGCGCCGCCAGAUGUACCUUUAACCAUGUCCCAAACUUUUGAUGCAAAGAAGGAUAUAUUUAUGUUCAUAAAAUUUUAUGAUGCACUAAAUAAUUCACUGAAUUACAUUGGUUGUGCGCAGCUGCCAUUGGAUAAAGUUAUUUGGGAUAUUAUAGUUGAAGUAAAUGCGAAGCUUGGCUUUGACCUGGCCACUAAAUUGAAAAUAUAUGAUGAAUAUACCAAAAAAUAUAUAAUCAAUAUAAAAGAGCCGUUAAAAAAUAUACUUGAUUUAUCUGAUAACUUACAAGGCUAUAUACUUGUAUUUGAGAAGGAUUAUACCAAAACAAAUAUGGAUGUGCCAACUGUGAAGGACUACUUCUUAGACGUAAUGUUUCGUACAGAAGUAAUUUUUUUGGAUAAAUCUAAUCCUAAUGAACCCGAAAUAAUUCUUGAAAUGCCAAAUAGGUACACUUAUGAUCAAAUGGUACAAGCAAUAUCCGUACGGAUUAACACUGAUUUCGACAAAAUACAAUUCUUCACAUGUGUUAGCAACUUGAAAGAUUCACCGGGUACUGCGAUUCCAUAUUUGUUCAAAGGGACCAUAGAAGAAUUACUUAAUGAUGGUAAGAAGGGAAGAUCAAAAAAGAUUUAUUAUCAAAGAUUGUCGCUCAGUAUUCAUGAACUCGACAAUAAUAAGGAAUUUAAAUGUGUUUGGGUUUCGAACGACUUAAAAGAAGAGAAGGAACUGGUUCUAUAUAUCAACAAAAAUGAUUAUGUUAAAGAAUUACUUGAGGAAGCUGCCGAGAAAAUACAAUUUUCUGAAAAUAGUCAAAAACAACUGAGACUAUUAAAAGUUAGCAAUCAUAAAAUUGUAGCAAUUAUUGAACAAAAUGUGUCAUUUGAAACAUUACAAAAAUCGUAUGAACCAAUGAUUCCUUGUAAUCCGCAGAAAACCUUCCGUAUUGAAGAAAUACCUACUGAAGAUUUACAAUUGACUGAAAACGAAAUGCUAAUACCAGUGACUCAUUUUAGCAAAGAACUUUAUAAUGCAUUCGGAGUGCCAUUUUUAAUAAAAGCUGCAAAUGGAGAAACCUACGGUACUCUCAAGCAACGCAUACAAACACGUCUCAAUGUUACUGACAAGGAAUGGGAGACAUACAAAUUAACAGUCAUUUCUAUGGGUCGAAUGGUAGAUAUGAAUGAUGAUUCGCUUAUAGAGUUAAACAUGUUUAAGGCAUAUAGAAAUGUUAUUACUUCUUGUUUUGCCUUGGAGCACAAACAAGACUAGUACAUCAUAAAACUUAAAAGCCAACGUUUUGUUAAAAAUUUAAUCAUUUAUAAAUACAAAAUAUUCUAAUUAAGAUAUUAACAAUAUGUCAUACUAGUUUCAAUAAGCUGAAGUCAAUAAAUCAGCGCUUAUUUGACCUAAACGUGUUAUUUUUUU